GUGCUUUUAUAUGAUCCAUUCUGGCUGUAAAGUGUUUUAACGCAUUCACUCCCAGAGGCAUUCAGCAUAUGGGGCAGGAGUCCUCUCCUUUGGGCACAUCUUCAAGCCUCCAGAUGGACUUUCCCAGAUCUCCACAUGCGCAGAUGAGACCAGACACACUGUAAACGACAUCUGCAAGCACUUGUGGAAGUGUGUCUCUGGAAUACCAGCCCAAAGAUUCCUCAAACAAGCUUCCCAUUUCUUCUGUGAGCCAUGGCUGGGAGAAGACUCCUUCCCCAGGACGAUGACCAGGGUUCCCUGCUGUCCAGACUGGGCACCGAGAGCCCUAAACCCCGGGUGAAGUUCGGAGGGAUGUUCUGCAACAUCGAAGGAGCUUUUGAGAAUAAAACCUUGAAUUUUGAGUCGUACAGCCCCAGUUCUGCCAGGAGAAACCUUCGGGGACGAGUGGACGAUCAGAGGGACAAUUUCAGCGACACGUCGAGCAUGAGUGAUUUCAGCAGCGUGAGUCAAACGACUCCGAGCCGAACGCAGCCCACCCCGUCCUGCAGUUCACAGGGUCAGACCCUCGUUUACCCCACCGGACCCGAUCGAGCGCACAACGGGCGACGAGAGAGUGAUAAACUCAUUAUUAAAGGUGGGAAAAUCGUAAAUGAUGACCAGUCAUUUUAUGCCGACAUUUACAUUGAAGAUGGAACCAUUAAGCAGAUUGGUGAGAACCUCAUUGUACCCACCGGCGUGAAGACGGUGGAUGCCUAUGGGCACAUUGUGAUCCCGGGAGGCAUCGAUGUGAACACGUGUCUACAGGCCCCUCACCUGGGCAUGACCCCGGCAGACGACUUCUAUCAUGGCACCAGAGCUGCUCUGACGGGAGGAACCACCAUGAUCAUUGACCAUGUUGUGCCUGAACUGGGAACUAGUUUACUGGCAGCGUAUGACCAGUGGAGGGAUACGGCGGACAAGAGGUCGUGCUGUGAUUACUCUCUGCACAUUGACAUCACUCGCUGGCAUGAUGGGCUGUUUGAGGAGCUGGAGUAUCUGGUCAAAGAUAAAGGGGUCAACUCCUUCCUGAUCUUCAUGGCUUAUAAGGACAAGUAUCAGAGCUCUGAUACACAGAUCUAUGAGAUGUUUAGUGCCAUGAGGGAACUGGGUGCCAUCGCACAGGUGCAUGCUGAAAACGGUGACAUCAUUGAGGAGGAACAGAAGAAGCUUUUGGAUCUGGGAAUCACUGGCCCAGAAGGACACGUCCUGAGCCACCCGGAGGAGGUGGAGACUGAGGCUGUGUAUCGAGCCGUCACCAUUGCUAAACAGGCCAACUGCCCUCUCUAUAUCACAAAGGUGAUGAGCAAACCAGCUGCUGAUGUCAUCGCCAAGGCCAGGAAAAAGGGCAUGGUCAUCUAUGGAGAACCAAUCGCAGCCGGCCUGGGCACGGACGGAUCGCACUACUGGAGCAAAAACUGGGCCAAAGCUGCUGCAUUUGUCAUGUCUCCUCCUCUCAGCUCCGACACGAGCACUCCGGAUUAUCUCAGCUCACUGCUGUCCUGUGGGGAUCUUCAGGUGACGGCCAGCGCUCACUGCACCUUCACCACGGCACAGAAAGCUGUUGGAAAGGACAACUUCACCCUCAUUCCGGAGGGGACCAACGGCAUCGAGGAGCGUAUGAGCAUCGUCUGGGACAAAGCUGUGGCAACUGGUAAAAUGGACGAGAAUGAUUAUGUUGCAGUAACGAGCACAAAUGCUGCAAAAAUCUUCAACCUGUAUCCUCGGAAAGGCCGAAUCGCUGUAGGAUCGGAUGCUGACAUUGUCAUCUGGAACACCAAGGAGACAAAAACCUUUUCUGCCAAAACUCACAAUCUGACAGUGGAGGUGAAUAUCUUUGAGGGAAUGGAGUGCCGAGGUUUCCCUGUGGCGGUCAUCAGUCAGGGCAGGAUCGUUCUAGAGGACGGGAAACUCAAUGUGACAGAGGGUUCCGGCCGCUUCAUCCCCAGGAAAGCCUAUCCGGACUUCGUCUACAAGAGAAUCAAGGCCCGAGGCAAGAUGGCUGAUACUCGUGGUGUUCCUAGAGGAAACUAUGAUGGCCCCGUUCAUGAUGUCAUCAGUAUGACCAAAUCUGUGCCUGCCACUCCCACCACUAGAGGGCCCUCAUGUCCAGGAAAGACCCCAGGGGGACCAGCUAGAAAUCUGCACCAAUCCGGGUUCACUUUAUCUGGUAAGCACCUUUGA